CAAUAUCUUGCCAUCUACAAAAUGGCUGCCAGUUCCGUUCUGGAAUAUUCAGACGUCGCCACGUGGAUGUUAGAUGGACACCUGCUGCAUUUUUAGCAUUUUUUUCUUAAAAUACAAACAAAUUUAUAUAAUUUUGACACCAGUUAGUUUCGACAAAAUUAUAAGUAACCAGUAAUCUCGUAAAAACUUCAAAAUGGGUAAGGAGAAGAUUCAUAUUAACAUUGUCGUUAUUGGACACGUCGAUUCCGGCAAGUCCACCACGACUGGACAUUUGAUUUACAAAUGUGGUGGUAUCGAUAAACGUACCAUUGAGAAGUUCGAGAAGGAAGCCCAAGAGAUGGGUAAGGGAUCCUUUAAAUAUGCUUGGGUAUUGGACAAACUGAAGGCUGAACGUGAACGUGGUAUCACCAUUGAUAUUGCCUUGUGGAAAUUUGAAACCUCUAAAUACUAUGUUACUAUUAUUGAUGCUCCUGGACACAGAGAUUUCAUCAAAAAUAUGAUUACUGGUACAUCUCAGGCCGAUUGUGCUGUAUUGAUUGUGGCUGCUGGUACUGGUGAAUUCGAAGCUGGUAUUUCGAGAAAUGGACAAACUCGUGAGCAUGCUUUGCUCGCUUUUACUUUGGGUGUCAAGCAACUGAUCGUUGGUGUGAACAAGAUGGAUUCUACUGAACCACCAUACUCUGAGGCUCGAUUUGAGGAAAUCAAGAAAGAAGUAUCGUCCUACAUUAAGAAAAUUGGUUACAACCCUGCUGCUAUUGCAUUUGUGCCAAUUUCCGGUUGGCAUGGAGAUAACAUGUUGGAAGUUUCUUCCAAGAUGCCUUGGUUUAAGGGAUGGGCUGUAGAGCGCAAAGAAGGUAAAGCAGAAGGAAAAUGCCUUAUUGAAGCGCUUGAUGCCAUUCUUCCACCUACAAGACCUACAGACAAGGCUUUGCGUCUUCCUCUUCAGGAUGUGUACAAAAUUGGUGGUAUUGGAACAGUACCAGUGGGUCGUGUCGAAACUGGUGUUUUGAAACCAGGUAUGGUCGUCACAUUUGCUCCAGCUGGUCUUACCACUGAAGUUAAGUCGGUUGAAAUGCACCACGAAGCUCUCCAAGAAGCUGUUCCUGGUGACAACGUUGGUUUCAACGUGAAGAACGUAUCUGUCAAAGAAUUGCGUCGUGGUUAUGUAGCUGGUGAUUCAAAGAACAAUCCACCUAAAGGUGCUGCUGAUUUCACUGCACAGGUUAUCGUGCUGAACCAUCCAGGCCAAAUCUGCAAUGGAUACACUCCAGUAUUGGAUUGUCACACUGCGCACAUUGCGUGUAAAUUCCUUCAAAUCAAAGAAAAAUGUGACCGUCGUUCCGGAAAAACUACUGAAGAAAAUCCAAAGGCCAUCAAAUCCGGAGAUGCUGCUAUUGUCACGCUUGUUCCAAGCAAACCUAUGUGUGUUGAGGCUUUCCAAGAGUUUCCACCCUUGGGACGUUUUGCUGUUCGUGACAUGCGUCAAACGGUGGCUGUAGGUGUCAUCAAAGCUGUCAAUUUCAAGGACGCUACGGGCAAGGUCACCAAGGCUGCCGAGAAGGCCCAGAAAAAGAAAUAACUAGUUUCCGUACAUGUGUAUCCCAAGAUGGGCGUCGGCGUAUAGUAGCUGAAGUAGUUUACCUUCUUUCUUCACGUUCCUCGCGCGAGAAUAAUGGUAUCUUAUUGCCAUCGCAGGCUGCAAUAUUUUCUACGAAGUCGCAAUCCAUGAUGAAGAAUAAUAGGAUUGAUAAAGAUACACGACGACUGGCUUUUCGUCUACAUGAAGUAGCACGUUCGCCGCACUUCUUUAACAUUCACAUAUUUCGUUUAUCAAAAUGGUUGCUCCGUCACUUUUCCCAUCGCAAAGAAUUUCGUAGGAAAGGUCUGCAGUUGACGAUGGUGAGCUAGCAAUCCUACUCACUUCUCGUAUGUCCGAGUUCCAUGAAAAAAGAAAGUAAACUACGAGAGUUACUUCCAACAUCUGUUUCACAAGAACAUCAACAGACAUCAUAAUUUAGCUCGGCUUAAUUAUAUUUUCUAAUUAUUAUACGGAAAUAAAUCCUAUAUCUGCGAUAUUCGAGAAAUUUCAUUAUUUUUUUGUCGUCGUUAUUACUAAUUAUCAUUGUCAUCCUUAUCGUAUAGAUGUUCCGAAAGUGAAUUAUUUUCAGUAAAGGAAUUAAUUUUAAUUAGCAUUUAACGUUUUUCACCAUAAAUCUUAUACGUCGGCGCGAAAGUAGGCAGUGAGAAACAAUCUGUAGUUCCAAUGCAGAUUUAAUGGGGAAAUGGGACCUGCUUUUUUAUUACUUUUCAAUUACCUGACUCGAUAAGGAAUUGAACUGCUGAAGAUAUAUACACAACAAAACACUUUUCUACGAGAUAUUUCUUUACAAAUAUUUACCUUUUUACACAUUCUAUAUUGAAGAGAGUAUGUGCGAAGAUAUACGAUUGGUCUGCAAUGGUUCCAUACUUUUGCCCGCGUUUUUCCUACAAUCGUAAUUGGUUAACAACGGUUUUCUGUACAUACCUAUAAAUAACAGUAAUAACGAAUGAAAGUGAAUAAAAGGAGCUACGGAAACAA